AUGGCUCCACCACACCCGAACACCGCCUGGUCGACAGGCACCUGGCCGGCCGCCGCUCAGGCCGAGGGGGCCGGCCUCCCGCCAGGCUCAUCCGGAUCGCGCUUUUACCCGGCCGAGCCUCUCGAUGCCCCUCGGUCGCCGGGGAACCCGCACCCGUUUGGGGCUCGGCCUGUGCCGGUUGUGAUCAUCACCCAGUCGCCGGACAUCGCGAUGCCCAUCUCGGGCGAUGAUGGCGGCAGCAGCAGCAGCAGCAGCAGCAGCAGCAGCAGCAGCAGCAGCAACAACAGCGGCAGCGAUGGGGCCUCUCUUUCGCCGCCGCCACACUCGCCCCUGUCGCCUCUUUCGCCGAGCAGUGGCAUCGGGACCGACGGCCUUUCGGCCGCCCUCAGCCCAAGCGCCACCACCACUGCCGGAGCCGGGGCCGGCACCACUGCAUCUCCAUUCCCCGAGCGGCUGCCUACCACCGCCAACCAAGAGGCCUCGCAGCUGACCCCCACGCAGAACCUCCUCCGGUCCUUCCGCCAUGGGACCAAGCGCCUGGGGUCGCCGCUGGCCGAACGCCGGCCACGAUCCUUCUCCACGCCACCGCCGGCGUCCGGGGAUCUGCUGGCCGCUGCUCCGUCGGCCGGCGCCGCUGCCAAGCGUCCCGCCCCUUAUCGGAUUUCCACUUCGCCGCCACCACCGCCAUCGUCGCCGUCACCGCCGCCGCCGCCGUCAUCAUCAUCAUCAUCAUCAUCAUCAUCAUCCAUGGCUGGCAACAUCAGCAACAUCAGUGCCAUUGGUGAUCCCGGGGGUGGCGGCCAUGGCACUGCUGGCAUCAGUGUCCCGGCUGCGGCUUCACCGGCCCCGGGGCCUGUCCCCCUGUUGUCCUCGCCGUCCCUGCUGGCCGGGCUGCGUCCCUUGCCUCAUCCAGUGCCCAGCACGAGCCCCAAUUUCCCCGGGGCUCCGGCUCUCCCGGUGCCCGGGCGCCCGGGGUUCCACCCGGGCUUCGUGUCCUCCCUGUCGCAGGGGCUCUCGCAGGCCCAGCAGCCAGACCUGGGGCCCCUCCAUGCGUCGGCCCUCCGUCGGCGUCCGUCCCCGGUGACCGGCGGCGAUCCCGGCAUCCCCUCGACGGCGGUUCUCUCCCCGGCGCGGCAUAUGCCCUCGUCAUUGCAGCCCCCGGCCGGGGGGGCUUCCACCGUGGGAGGCCGGCCCAGCCCCGCCAGCCCCUCCAUCCCGAUCCCGGCCGGCACGACGUUCGCCUCGCCGCGGCCCUAUCAGGAGGGCUUCGAGCGUGCGCCGAUUGACACCGAGUCCCCGGUGCUAGUGCACCGGUCACAAUCCUAUGACUCGGGCUUCCUGUCCUCCGGAUCCUUCUGGCCAUCGGCCGGGGCAUUUCCCACGCCCAUCGGGCCCCUGCUCGGUCCGGCGCUGUCCUCCUCGCUGGAUGCCUCCGGGGGCCCUGCCGGGAUGGGCCACCGUGCGGCCCUGCAUGGGAAUGCUGCCGCGGCUUUUGCCACGGCCGGUGGGGUUUCCGCCGCCCCGGCCGGGGCCGAUGCGCCGUCCCCCUGCCGGACGGCCGGGCCUCUCUUUGUCCGGCAGCCCCAUGCCAGCCUUGGCCAGGGCUCGAUCUCGGGUUCUGGGCCCGGGGCUGCUGGCUCUGCUGCCGGUGCCCCGAUCCCCAAUCACGGUCCCUGUGUUUCGGUCAUGCUCUACCGGCCGACCGGGCAGGGGGAAGAUCAGUCGAUCGCCGGGCGCUGUGUCUGCCCGAGCUUCGGGUUGCCCUUUUGCAGCCCGGCGGCCGCGGGCGGCCCAUCGCCCGGGGCAGCCGAUCCCGGUCCCCCCGGAGGUCCUGGCUUUUUGCCCGGCCGUUCGUCCAUGUCCCUGUUGGAGGCUUCCUUCCGGGCGAGUUCGCUCACCUGCCCGCCGGCCAUCGGCGGCGCUGGCGCCGGCGUCGGCGGUGAGCUUCCCUUCUCCGAGGCACAGCAUCUGAUGGGAGCCUACAAUCUGGCCAUACCGUCGGUGGUGGACCUGGCCAAGCCUGUGACCGAUGGCGACCCCACCCCGGCCGGCCUGCCUGCCCUUUCUUCACCGCGGUGUUUGCGUCUAAAUUGCUCGUCCCCUUUCAUCCUAGCCCUGCCGGCCCGGCCGUGGCAGCAUCCGCCCAGCACCCCGGCCACCGGGCACACGGAGCGUCGCUUCCUCCGGCGACAGCUGAUCCGCCGGCGGCGGAGCCGCGAAGGCAUGGCCCCUCGGUCGGCCACCAGCUCCAUGGCCGGGGCUCCGACUGAGGCGGCCCCGGUCGACCUGGACCCAGCCCCGGCUGCGGCCCCGGCCCCGGCCCCGGCUUCGCGCCUGGCCAUGCCGACGGAUGUGUCUCAUGCGAUGCCCGGCGCCGGGCCCUUGCCCGGUGAUUCGCCCUUCAACUCGACCGGGGGCCAUUCCUUUUCCUCGUCCCCCUUCUUCUCGUGCCUAUCCUCGGCUCCAUCGUCUAGCUGCCCGUCACCGCCACCGCCGCCACCUCCCCCCCCACCUCCGCCGCCGCCGCCGCCGCCGCCGCCGCCGCCGCCGCCGCCCCUACCGCUCUCUCGCCUGAGCACUGGGCACAGCCUGGCCCUGUCAUAUGAGCACCUUCCCUCAAGCUCCCCGAGCAUGGACCUGUCGUCCCCGUGCCACACACCGCCCGAGGGAGGUACACCGGUGCCGGCGCCGGCGCCGGCACCAGUGCGCGCGCCCGCUCCGGUCUCGCGCGGCGGGCUCGGCUCCAAGAUCAGUGCCUUCCGCAAUCUCCUCCCGGCGGCAGCCGGCGUGGUGCGCUUCAUUGGGGCCGAUCGCCUGCAAGCUCCGGCGCCCCCGUCGGCCUCCACUUCCCAGGCCUCGGCUCGGGCAUCGGGGUCCGCCCAGCCGAGCGCCGCCCGGCAGCUCUUUGCCUCGCUCGGCCGGCGGCGGUCCAGUCUAUCACACCAAAUGGCCGGCAUCCGCGGUCUGGCGCCACUUGUGCGUGGUGGUCUUUGGCGCGGUGGCAGCGACGCCACCGCCACCGCCUCCAACGACAGCAGCGGCAGCCACAAUGACAAUGGCAGUGAUGGUGCCGGCGGUGCAGCCACCAUCGCCAGCGGCAUUGCCGAUGCCGACAGUGGCCGGGCUGGACCCUUGGUGGGAGGCCUUCGCCCGGGCUCCCCUCCAGUAUCAGCCACUGUGGCUCCGGGCCUCCUCCCCCGGCCGUUGUCCUCCUCGAUGCCGGACCCGACGUCCAUGACGGCCCGAGCGGCCGCUGCUGCUGCUGCUGCUGCGGCGGCGGCGGCGGCCGCGACCGCCGAGGCGACCAUGGUCACCCCGUCUGCUCAUGCCACCCCCGGUCAACCGCUGCACUCGGUGCCGCAUCGGAAUGCGGCGCCCGGAUCGGACCCAGGCUUCGGUCUUGGCGCCGGGGCCUUCCCGGCGCAGAGUCGUCUCCACCUUCACCACCGUCACUCGGCCGCAACCGGUGCCGGUGUGGUCGCAUCGCCUGGCGUCAGCAACGCCGGCAGCGGCAGCGGCAGCGGCAAUGGCUCCGCGCACAAUCCCCCGAUCAAGAAGCCGCAAUUGACCCGGCCUGGGACGGCUCUCUUCUCCUGGCACCCGAUCCGCCUGACCAUGGCGCCUGGCCCCCUGGCCCCGGCUCCCCUGCCCAAUGAGGGCUCCGCCUACCCGCUCAUUGAGACGCACUUCCUGUCGCAAUCGAACUACUUCUCCUCGAUCUUCGACCAGAUGCUCCAGCCGAGUGUCAAGCCGGCCGGCCCGCCGGCCAUUUGCGUCUGCCGGCCGGCGCCCCCGGUCACGCUGGCGGCCUCCACCGCGCCCCCGGCCCAGAUGUCCCCCCUGGUGGCCUCGCACCGGGAUUGCACCGGAUGCGAUGACACCGGUCAGGUAUGUGUCUACCGGAAUCGGUCUCCCCUGCGCCGGCAAUCGGCGCCGGAGUUCCCCGUGCGCGAUCGGUCCUCCUCGCCCGGGCUCGGCCCGAGCGAGGGUAUGCCCGGUCCACGGCUCGGCGCCUUGAGUGAGGCCCUGUAUGAGGGCCCGGUCAGCCGGGCGCCCCUGGCCGGGACGCUUCCCCAGGCUCGGCCCCUCGAGCCCGGUGGCACAUCGUCCGGCGAUGCCUCGCCUCGGCCUCACCCGGGAUGCUUGUGCGGAUCGGGGCUCCGGUGGGACCCGGUCACCGGGGCCCCGGUCGCACAGUCGUCCUGGAGCUUUGUGGAAAUUGGCCGCGGCGACUUCGCCGCGGUGUACGUGGCUACCUUCUCCAACUCGCAUUUGGCCCCUGGCCGACCCUUUGCCCGGCGGCGCCCGGCCGGCCCGGGUGGCAUUGCCCUGUCGGGCUCCUACCUCGAAGAGCCGAGCAUGUUGCAGCGCCCGACGGGCAGCUUGCUGCAUGUCGGCGACCGGCAGCACCUGACCUUUGGUGGCCGAGGCUUGGACCUUCUGGCCGUGCCGGUUCCGUUGCCGGAGGAAAGCGAGCACGACAGCGAUGACGCGGAGGACCAUUUGUCGGGGAUGCCCGGCCUUUCCGCGGGCGAGCCAGCCGCACCCCUGAUCUUUGGCUCGGCCUCGGCCAUGGACUUCGGCAUGCUGCUGCAUCAGGAGGAGGCCGAUGCGGCCAUGCGUGGAUCCGACAGUGGGUUCGGGUCCGGCGAUGCGGCGGCCCCCUCGCCCUCGGACGAUGACCUGGAGGACGCGCUGUCGGGGCCGGAGUUUCCUCCGGUCGACAGCGGGGACCUCAUGUCCACCGAUCCCUCCUCGUCCUCCUCGUCCUCCUCCUCCAGCUCCUCGGAUGGGGGCGGGUCUCCGGUUUCCUCCGGGUCCGGGGAGGAGGACGUCAUGCUGGCCGGGAGCUUGCGCCUGCCAACCGGGCAGCUGGUUCUGCACAAUGGUGGCAUCCCCCCGGCCCAGGCCCGGCACUUGGUAGCUGUCAAGUGCUUCUUGGUCCCAUACUCCGGGAAUACCCAGCGCCGCCGUGCGCUGGACGAGAUCUCGGUCCUCUUCAAGCUUCGCGGGGCGCCCUUUUGCCUGCAAAUCGAGCGUGCCUGGGAGCAGGACCGGAUAUUCUACAUCGCCACAGAGCUGUGUGUUGGCAGCCUGUCGGACAUUAUGAAUGGUCUGAAGAAGCAAAACCGCGUGCUUGACGAGGCGGACGCCUGGUGCUAUUUGCACGGGACCCUGCGGGCGUUGGAGGCCCUGCACUCGCUGGGCUUCGCCCACUUGGAUGUCAAGCCGGAGAACUUGCUGCUCAGCUCGGCCGAUCCGCGGGCCGUGCGCCUGGCGGACUUCGGCCUGGCGGUCCCGCGCGACACUCCCCGGACCAAUGUGGUCGAGGGGUCGAGGCUGUACCUGGCGCCGGAGAUCAUCUCGCUGACGACCUUGCGGGCGCACCUGCGCGGCCAGCACGCGGCAGCCGGCGGCUCGGCCACGGUGCCGAUGUCCUCGGUCCUGCGCGAGGACCCGACCAUCCGACUGGACUUGGCCCGGGCGGAUCUCUUCGCCUGCGGUGCCCUGUUCAUGUAUCUGUCGGUGCUGGAGCCAAGCCCGACCACGACGCAGGAUUUGGGCCGGCUGCGGUCGGACGACUUCACGGUGUGUCUCUUCAUCGACCGCUCGGAGACCUUCAUCCGGACGGUGUGCCGAUUGAUGCGCGCCGAUCCGGACCUUCGGCCGGCCAGCGCGGGCGCUGCCGCCGAUGGCAUUGUGGCCCUGGUGAAUCGGGCCAUCCAGCAGCUGGACUGCGCGAUGGUCGCCGCACCGGGGCUGCCCCCGGGCCCGCAGCCGGAUGCCUUCCUGCUUCGGGCGCUGUUGGUCAAGCUCGACCAGUUGGGCUUUUCCCUGGAUCAAGUGGCCGAGGCGGCCCGUGGCCGAGGCGGCGACGGCGGCGGCCCGGCCGGGGCCCGAACCCUGCCGGAGGAGCCUCCUGGCGGCUGGCCCAUGGGGGCGGCUUCCGGGGUGGUGGCCUCGCUCUUGGCCCUGGACAGUCGCUGUGGUCCGGUCUUCCAGGACACGUGGGAGCUGGAUGCCGUGCGAUUGGUCCCGGUGGGACAGGACAGCACCCAACUGCGUGCCCUGGCGGCGGAGCCCUUCUCGAGUGCCUCGGCAGCGGUCUUUGCCAAUGUGCGCGACGAGCUGUCCGCCAAUGGGGCGGCCGGUCUGGGGAAGGGGCCGCUGGCUGGCAGCCCCGCCGGCGGGGCGCCGGAUGCGGCGGGCGGCCCCCCCGGCGGCAGGUCCGGCGGUGGCGAUCCCCCGGCCGGUGGCGGUUUCCUGGCGACCGGCGGUGGAGCUGGCAGCUCCGGCGUCGCCGGGGGAGCCGCCUUUGCCGGGGUGGGUGUCGGGGGUCGGCCAGCUGGCUCGACCGUGGUGCCGCCCUUUCGCCGGAGCAUCAGCGCGUCGGCCGCCCUCGGGCCCCGGUCGGCCGGCGAGGCGCCCACCGCCUCGUCCGCCAUGUCCAGCUGUUCGUCCGAUUCGCUGCCACUGCUGUAUCAGCGGCUGUCAUCCAUGUAUUCGGAGAUUUCAUCGUCCUCCUUUUCGGCGUCGGAUUGGGACCAGCAGCUGGUGGCCGACAUCGGGGAGGUGGGUUCCGACGACCGGACCGACCGGCCGGCCAUCCGAAACAUCGCCCCGCUGUUGCUCCCUUCGCCGCAUGUAUCCCCCCAGCCCUCGCCCUCGGCCACGGGGCCGGUGUCACCGCCGCCGGUUUCGCCGCCGGAGCCCGGCACCGGGCGGUUUUUCUUUUUGCCCGGUGAGCCGGUGGCCGCGCCGACGGCCUCCCCGCCGCCGGGGCCGCGCCAUGCCCUUCUGUUGCCGGGAUCCAGCCCGGCUUUGGGUUUCUCCCCGGGGAAUGUCCCGGUGCCCGGGUACUCCUUUGGCCCGGAUGCACCGCCCGCCGGUGGUGGAAGCUCUGACACUGGUCCGAGCCGUAGCAAUGGCAGCGGUAGCGGCAGCGGCAGCGGCGGCAGUAGCAGCAGCAACAGCAGCAGCAGCAGUAGCAGUAGCAACAACAACAACAACAACAACAGCAACAGCAACAGCAACAGCAACAGCAACAGCAACAGCAACAGCAACAGCAACAGCAGCAGCAACAGCAGCAGCAGCAGCAGCAGCGCCAGUUCCGGCCCCCGGCGACCCUUCUUGCGCGCCGACUCGGCUCCCUUCUCCAUGGAGUAUUCCGGGACGCUGGGACCCCCUUCGGCGCACCAGAAGUCCCACAGCGAUGAGCACCCCAGCAUGCGCGGCACUGGCGCCGGCACUGGGACCCCCGGCCGGCGGCUGCGGUCGUCCUCGUCAACGGCGCUCUUUGGCUCGCCCGGACCAUUGCGCUCGGGCAAAGCCACCUCACCGGUGAUGCCACUCAUGUCGCCGAUCCGCCGAAGUGGCGGGGCCAAUGUGGCGGCGGCGGCGGCGGCGGCCGUCACCCCCGGGAGUGCGGCGGCCGUUACACCGCACACCCGGUCCAGUUCGCUGGAUGAUGCCCCUGCCUCCGGCGGGGGCAAUGGCGCUGGCGGAGGCGGGGGGAUCCUCGCCGGGAGCUGGCUCCAGCGCGAUCUCUUCCCCUUGCAUUUGCAUCGGCCGCAUCAGCAUUCGCCUGGGGCGCCUGCUCCGGCGCUCUUGCCCGGGCCAGGCCCAUUCCACCUGCCCCUGCCGAUGCCGGUCCCGGUGGGCCAGGCGCCGCAUCCACCGGCCACGGGGGGCUCCCCCUCGGCCGGCCUCUCGCCACACCACCAUGACCGGGAGAUGGUCGACCAUGUGAUGCUCGUGCCGCCUCAGUUGGCGCCGACGCCGGCGUCGCGCGCUGACGGCUCGGAUCUGGCCUCCCCCGGCGGGUCCUCCUCAUCCUCGGCCUCUUCCUCCUCCUCGUCUCUCUCCUCGCCGGCUGGCGACCCCGGCCCGGCGUCCCUUGCGACCGACUCCUCCGCAUGGUCGGGCAAAACUUACUUUGCCACCCUCUAG